GUCGAUCUUUAGCCGUCUUCAACAUCAAAAUCAAUGGAGGAAGAAGAAGCGAGACAAGUGGUGAUCGACAAUGAUCUGAAGAAGAAGAUCAAGGAAACGGUGAAGAAGAUCCUGAAACGGUCGAGUUUACUUGAGAUUACAGAGAUUAAGGCCCGAGAAGAAGCUUCAUCUGAGUUGAAUCUCGAUCUUUCGCGAGAUCCGUACAAAAUCAUCGUCAGAGAAGCCGUCGAUAGUUUCAUCGAGAAGGCGAUUAUGACAAUCGAUACUGAGAUGGGAAAGCUUCAUACUCAGAUUGUAGAAGAUGUUGAUGGAGAAGUAACCGAGAAUGCCACGAAGACGACUACGAAGAAGAAAAAGAAGAAGAAGGCAAAGAAGAAGGUGGAAGAAGAAGAGUCAUCACCUGCUUAGGUAAAUUUUAUCAUCUCAGAUAAAUUUCAUCUUUGCUCAGGUUUUUGUGUAAUUUCAACGAUGAAUGAUGUCUUUAGUUGAAAUUAGUGUUUUAGCCAUUGAUACUACACUUCAAGUCAAAGUGUAUCAGACUCUGUAACAUGCUCCAUCAAUAGUUAUAUGUUUUGUUACUU